AUGGAUGUUGCCACGCUCGUGGCGCAGAUGAACGAGGCCCUCGCCUCGAUCCACUCGACGAUCGAGAGCCUAUCCACAUCUGCCGCCGAGAGUGACACGAAACUUGACGAGCUCGAGCAGAAACGUGACAUGACGCUUGCGGAACUGAAAGCCGCAUACGAAAAAGAACAAGAAGAACUCGCAGCCGCACGACAGAAGGAGCUGGAAGAAAUCGCCGAGCAGAGGCGUAGAGAAGAUGAAGAACGAGAAGCCCGUCGUCGGAGGGAGGACGAGGAACUUGCGGCUCGCAAAGCCAAGGAAGACGAGGAAAAGCAAGGCAGCUUUGAUAACACCACCCGUAAUGUUGAAGACGAGAUGGAUGACCUCAUGGACAACAUCGAGGAAGAGACGGCCAAGAAGAUUGCCGAAGGCGAAGCGAAGUUGGCCGAGCUCGAAGACAGGAGAAGAGAACUCAACCGCUUGAUCGAAGAGCAAAUGAAGGCUGCAGUACCCCCCAUUCCGACACGGAAGCGCGCGAGAACGGUGCGAAAAUCCGGGGCUGUUCCGUCAGCCGAACCCUCUCCGCUGCCCCCAGCCGAGUCUUCCGCCGAGCCCGCUGCACGAGACAAAGGUGUAGAAGAGGAGGCCUCCAAAUCCGGCGAGCAACCUAUGGCCGAGAAAGAGCUAGCUACAGAAGAAAGCACCGCGGAAGCGCCCGCAGCAGACAAGGCGCUUGAAGAUGUUGUUGCUGCUCCUACCGGGGACGGCGUUGUCCCCGAGGAGAAGGCCAAGACCUCUGUUUCUGAGCCACCUGCCGAAGUGGUUGAAGGAGAAACGAACGCCGACGAGGAUGCUCCCCAGCCGUCUGACGAGGCACAGGCCGAUGCAUCUGUCGCGAAAGAGAGGGGCCUUGAAGGUGACGACUCCCAGCCACAACCUGAAGAACCCGUGGCUGAAAAGAGCGUGAAGGAGGGCAAUAGCACCGACGAGACACCUCUGACCGAGACGGCGGCCUUGGAAGCCAAGGGCGUGACGAGUUCCGAAGAUCUAGCUGUUGAGACGGUCCCACCGACAGACGCUUCAGAGCUCGAAUGCAAGGUCGAGCCCGCGCUAGAGAAAGAUCUCCAGGAAGAGACCACUUCCAAGGAGCUCACAAACAGCGCAACAGCAGUCACCGCUGAAGACUUUCAAGAGGAUGUACCGCCUGAGAAGCAAGAUGAGGCUGAGGAGCCCGAAGAGACGUCAGAAACUGCACCGACCGAGGAGCCUGCUGUCGAUGAGCCAUCUACCGAACCUCCAGAAGCACAAGGGCCUUCUCCUGUCGAGACGUCAGUUGCCGAGGAAGUUUGUGUUCUCGAAGAAAGCCCCGCUGUUGGCGAGCCUGCAGUUGACGAGCCGCCAGCAGCAGAAGAAGGCGACCUUGCUGAAGCCUUCGAGGCAAAUUCUCUGGUCGAAGAGCAUGCAAAUGUAUCUGAUCCCCCCGAGAAUACUGAAGCGCAGCAAGAAAACCCGAUGACUCCAAGCAGCACCCCUGCAGAGGAACGAACUGCGGACCAGAGUGAGGGUGCUGUAUCCGAUAACUCAGCGAAAGAGCAUGAUGAUACCCCGAAGAAGGAAGAAGAGCAGGCGCAUAAUGAAGUUGCCGACGAGACCAAGCAAGAAAUUUCUAUGCCCGAGUUUUCCAUGAAGGCUGUGGUUAACGAGCCUGGUUCCGAAGAAGCCCACCUUGCGGACAGCAGUGAGCAAGCGGCAGAGCAAGCCCAGACCGAGAUCGGUGACUUCCGUGAGCACGCCGAAGCGGACUCGAACGAAACCGAUAACGUUCCCGAGGCCGACUCUAAAGCUGUUGGAGAUGAGCCAAGCAAUGAGGAUGCGUCUGCUCAACAGGAGACCGUUGCUUCCGAAGACGUUCCAGCAGCAGAUAGUACCUUCGCCCUCGACGAAACCGUUUCUGAAAAAGACACCAAGCACGACGAGAAUACGGCCUUCCUAGAGACAGCUCCAACUGAGCCAGAGGAGUCUAUGGAUACCCCUGCCGAUAAGAGCGAUCUUGCGACAGAGGAGGCCGCCAAGGAGUUUGAACCUAUCACAACUGAAGAUACAGCACCUGCACAAGAAGAAAUUUCUCAAGACACCGAGAAUGCUGUCAUAACUGAAGCUCCUGAGAAGAUUUCAGCUCACGAUGCGGCAUCUGCUUCUGGGGGAUUGCCCACGAAACAGAUGCUCCCGAGGACGAGGAAGUCCAAGCCCAGGAAAACAACCCGUUGGCAGACACUGCUCAGACACAAAGCCCCCAAGAUCCUGGGUCUCCCACAGAACUUGUAG